AAAAGAAAAAAGGAAAAAGAAAGAGGCACCUGCCCCGGCUACCUUCCUCAUAAUAUUCUUUUGUUGUUUUUAUUUUUCCUUUUUGUUCUUUUUAUAAGAUCGACGCGUACUAUACCAACCAAGAAUACCCAACACCAACAUCACCACAUUUCAUCGUCAUCUCCAUCUUCAUCUUCAUCGUCAUCGUCAUCCAUCCCAAGGGGAUGGCUGCAGAGAAUGUUAUUGACUUGUCAAAUUUGAAGUCUCAGCUAAGCCAAACACAUGAAGAGUGGAAGCACGAAAUGGAAAGGAGCCAGUCCCAAGUGGAUGUCUUGCAAACAAAAAUUAUGGAGGUAAAAAUAUCUAUACAGGGGUCUGAGGAAGAUGCAAAGAAGGAGUUAGAGGUUCUUUGGCGGAGAGUUAAAACUACUGCAACACUUUUAACUUACUUGAAAUCAAAGGCACGACUCAUGGCUGUUCCCCAUUUAGCCCAUACAUCAUGUGGCAUCAAACAAUUAGAAGGGGUAGGGUUUAUUGACAAAAAUGGUACACCAUUGUCUGGCUGGACUAGGAAUAUUGAUCUUUCUUCAUUUGACGGUCCAGAUGAAGAUACAUUGAUUGGAAUUAGUGGGAAACAUGUUUCACUGGAUGAACAAGAUGCAACAUACACUGGUGAAAUACUCAAGUCUGUGCAGAUGGUUACAGAUGUAAUGGAAGCUCUUGUUAAAAGGGUUAUAUUAGCAGAAUCUGAAACUGUAAUUGAGAAGGAGAAGGUAACUUUUGGCCAGGAAGAAAUUAAACGGAAGUCAAUCCAAAUUGAGAACAUGUCUUUGAAAUUAGAGGAGAUGGAACGUUUUGCUCUAGGUACAAAUAGCAUACUGAAUGAAAUGCGGCAGAGAGUUGAGGAUUUGGUUGAAGAAACAUCUAGACAGAGGCAGCGAGCUGCAGAAAAUGAACAGGAGCUUUGUCGUGUGAAAAGAGACUUUGAGUCUCUAAAAUCAUAUGUUAGCAGUCUCAUCACUGUGAGAGAAACACUUCUUUCAUCAGAGAAGCAGUUUCAAACUAUUGAGAAGCUGUUUGAACGGCUAGUUGCAAAGACAACACAGUUAGAGGGUGAGAAGAUGCAGAAAGAGACUGAAGUGCAGAAACUUAUGGAAGAGAAUGUGAGGUUAAGUGCUCUUCUUGACAAGAAAGAGGCUCAGCUUUUGGCCAUGAAUGAACAGUGCAAGGUAAUGGCCUUGAGUGCUUCGAAUAUCUAAUUUGGUAGGCUGCUCUUGUUCGACUGCCUGUUGGCUUGCCAUGCAAGGUGGUUUGAUUCUUACCCUCCUGCUGACCUACCAUGGAGUCUGAAAAUCAGCAGCACUGGAUCAGAGCUCUUUCUGGGAUCCUUUCUUCCAUACGUAACUUUGUGAAAAGCCCUGUGAGCUUAGCAUCCAGUGCUCUUUUCUUUUAUCAGUUGGUACUGCACACUGUUGUUAAAUUGAACCCAGAAAGUAAUUUUAAUUGGAAAGAAAACUUGGUGUUUUGUUCAUCAAGUAGCCAAGAUGUGCUAAAAUUAAUGAUGUAAAUGGUUGUGAUUGCAGUUUGUACUUUCAAUGUUUGCAUUGCGAUUUCAUCAGUUCUUUGUUUCA